AUGCAUGAUCUUCAACGAUCACAUCCAAAUGAAAUAAUUUUCGAAGAUCAAGUAACAUUAAGUGAUGGUCGUUCAAAACCUUAUCUUGUUUUACUUCAAUUAACAUCGGAAUCAUUGAUUAUUCGACCUCAAAAUACAAUACAUAUAUCAUCAUUGAAUAAUAAAGAUGUUACAAUACCGAGAAAUGUUACUAUUGAGAGACAUCCAAUUACACAUUCAUUUGGUUUUUCGAUUAAAGGUGGUUGUGAUACUGGUUUUCCUGUUCUUAUUUCACGUGUUGCUGAUGCCAAUGUUCAUUUAUUAAAUAUUGGUGAUGUUAUUUUAAAUAUUAAUAAUGAAGAUAUAUCUGAUUUAACUCAUGAUCAAGUUUUUACAAAAUUACGAAAUAUAUCAGAUGAUCAAGUUAAUUUAACAAUUAAAUAUAUGAAUAACAUGGCUACAUAUUUAUUUUUAACAUCAUCAAAACCUAAAAUAUCAGUAUCAAGAACUCAGAAUAGUUUAAAAAUACGACAUUUAUCUGCAACUAAAAUUAGACAAAAUCAAAAAUGUAGAUCAAAACAAUAUUCAUCUGAAUAUCAUGGUUAUUUGCCAUUGACACUAUCACAUCAACAAAAAGUAACAAAAGUUCAAUUGAUAAUAUCAAUAUUAGAAAAACUCACUAAUUAA